AGCGCCACGCGGAACAAUUCCGCGUGAACACGAUGUCCCAGCCGAGGCCAUUUCGCGGUUGGAUCGCUGUUUGUUUUGAUGCCAGCAGCGGGGUUCCACAAGACUUUCGUGUGAAAAUAACGUUUAUAAAAAUGAAUGCAAACGCAACGUGAUUAAAUGGGAAUGGAAGAGGACGAGCUUUCGACCUUCAGAGAGCGAUGGAAACAGGAGUUAAAGAAAAAUACCAAGACAUCGUGUAAAGACAAAGAGAGAUAUUUUGGGCAUCCCAGCAAAGACAGCUCAUCUCUUCACCAGAGCGCGAGCUUUUGGGAGAAACAGAGCAAUGCGUCCGAGCAAAGUCAGCCCACGCCAAAAGACCAGCCGCAGUACGUGUCGAUCGCCGAGGGUUUGUUGGACGGCAGAAGCAGCCCACUGCUGGACAGAAUCGAGCAGGAGCGAACGCGUAGGAAACGCGCUCCCUGGAGCGAGGCGCUCAACACAGACGCGCCCCCCAAAAAAGGCAACAAGUGCCAGAAACUACUCGAGCAGUUCCUUCAGGACCUGAAUGAGAUGAAUGACAUCCCAUUCUUUGAUGUGGAGUUGCCUUAUGAACUGGCGCUCAAGAUUUUCCACUUCCUGGGCAGAACGGAUCUAGGACGAUGUGCUCAGGUGUCUAAAUCCUGGAAGGUGCUGGCUGAGGAUGAGGUCCUGUGGCAUAGAUUGUGCCUGAAGGAAGGUUAUCACAAUGGGGCAAGUAUCUCUGACUCCCCCUGCUGGAAGAGCACACUCAGAGACUGCCGCAACACUGAGAAUGUGGUGAAGUCAAACUGGAAGAAUCGUGUUGGGUCCAUUCGUCAUCUGCAGUAUGAGCUGGGAAAGGUGUUGUGUGACGUCAGUUCCUUUGCUGGUCUUGUAAUUGCUGGCUACACCUCUGGUGAUGUCCGCCUGUGGGACACGCUACACUGGGACAAAGCUUACCUGCACCCCACACAUUCCAUCAGAGAUGAAACCUCUGCACCUUAUGUUAGUCACGUACGCGUCAAUAAGACCGUAGCCACAGCCGCUUAUGAGAAUGGCUGUGUAGAUGUGUGGAGCACUGAAACAGGUCUUGAGCCCAUUCAUCAGUACCAGCACCUCCAGAGGGUUCAUGCUCUGGAUCUAAGUCCCGACAGUCCGGCUUUGGCCUCUGCAUCAGGACCAAAUGUGCGGGUGGACUCCCCAGAUGAGCAGAGCUACUGGAGAUCACAAUAUCUCGUUCAGUUACCAAAGCCUGUAGAUGGGGUAUUGGUGGUGCCAGGGAGGCGGGACGUCCCUUUGGUCACAGUGUGGGCAGGUGAGAGUGUUUACCUGCUGGAUUCCAGAUGGAAUGAAGAAGAGGAACCAAGAGUUCUUCACUCUGUAUACGGCCAUCCAGUGACCUGUGUAGAUGUGUCACCCAGCAGAGCUGCACUGGGGAUCAAGAGCUGCGGAUGGGGCAUGAACGACGGGGGAAACAAGAUUCAGGUGUACAGCCUGGAGACCAGCCAGUGCGAGCUGACCGUGGGGAACUCAGCGGGAGACUUCACCUGCGUCAACCUGAGAGACAGCCACCCUCAUCUGCUGGUGUGUGGGAACAAAGACAGGCGCGUGAGAGUGUUUGACUUGCGUACGGGCUCCUCAGUCGUCUCUUUAUAUGCCCAUCACAUGGGCGUGACCACCGUCCAGGCAGAUGAUUGGAAGAUCGUGAGCGGCGGUGGCGAGGGAUUGGUCAGUGUGUGGGAGAUGAGGAUAGGAGCCAAACUCUGGGAAAUGCACAACAGACACCCGGUUCGCCACAUACGGUUCAACACCAGCACCCUGGUGACGGCCAACGUCCCUGAUGAGAAGAACCCUCGCGGGGCUUGUAUCACAGACGAUGACCUCACCGCUCACCGCAGGUACAGAGGGCUGAUCUGUCACUAUGAUUUCUCUAUGGACUCGUCGACCCCGGAUCACGUUCUGCCCAUCUGCAGGUCCAACUACACGGAGUCCUCUGGAUACAACUAUAACAUAGGCUUGUCGAUGCCAUAUGACAUACUGAAAAGCCCUUAGGUUGGCUUUCAGGAUCAGUUGCAGUGGGAAGAUUGAUAUUGAAUUUGAUAUUUUAAAAUGAUCCGGGGUCAUAUUCCUUAAAACUAAUCAAUAAUACAAUCAAAAACAGUGUAAUUUCAAAGCUCUGUGUCUGGAUGGCCCAUUAAGAUGUAUGGACUAGAAUUGUGUACAUUUUUUUGCUCAUUUUAGUAUACAAUAUUAUAAUAUUAAAUCACCAUCUGAGAAGAUGAAAUACAAAUGAUACAAACUGAAGUUUUGGUGGAUUCAUAACUCUCUGCAGUCAGUAAUUCACCACACAAAGGUAGUAUGAUUUAUUUAUUUAUUUCAUA